UUUUGGACUGUUUUUCUAAACCAGGCUUCACCUUCCCUCUUGGGGACCUAUUAAGGGAUUACAUCUGAAAAGAAAAACAAAAGAGAGAAGGAAACAUUGAACUGGAAAGUUAUCCUACAAUGAGAAUUAUGAGCACAUCUUGUAUCUGCCCAGUCCUAGUUUGUCUCUGUUUUGUGCAGAGGUGUUAUGGAGCUGCUCAUCAUGGCUCCAUCAAGGUGACCAGAAAUCAAACCAAACACAUAGAAGGUGAAACAGAAGUGCACCAUCGUCCCAAGCGUGGAUGGGUAUGGAACCAGUUCUUUGUUUUAGAAGAACACCUGGGACCAGAUCCCCAGUACGUGGGAAAGCUACACUCCAAUUCUGACAAAGGUGAUGGAUCAGUCAAGUACAUCCUUACUGGAGAAGGGGCUGGAACUAUAUUUAUUAUUGAUGACACUACCGGAGACAUCCAUUCAACCAAAAGCCUAGAUCGAGAGCAGAAGACACACUAUGUGCUGCAUGCUCAGGCUAUUGACAGACGGACGAACAAGCCACUCGAGCCUGAAUCUGAGUUCAUUAUCAAAGUGCAGGACAUCAACGAUAAUGCACCAAAAUUUACAGAUGGACCUUACAUUGUUACUGUGCCAGAGAUGUCUGAAAUGGGUACCUCUGUUCUACAGGUGACAGCUACAGAUGCAGAUGACCCUACCUAUGGGAACAGUGCCCGGGUGGUAUACAGUAUUCUUCAGGGACAGCCAUACUUCUCUGUUGACCCUAAAACAGGAGUCAUCAGGACCGCCUUGCAUAACAUGGACAGGGAAGCCAGAGAGCAUUAUUCCGUUGUCAUUCAAGCCAAAGAUAUGGCUGGGCAGGUCGGAGGGCUAUCAGGGUCAACAACUGUAAAUAUCACACUCACUGAUGUCAACGACAAUCCACCGAGGUUUCCUCAGAAACAUUAUCAGCUGUAUGUUCCUGAAUCAGCCCAAGUUGGAUCAGCAGUAGGCAAAAUCAAGGCAAAUGAUGCAGAUGCUGGCUCUAAUGCAGACAUGAAAUACACGAUCAUAAAUGGUGAUGGCUCUGGAGUGUUUUCCAUAUCCACUGACAAAGAGACACGGGAAGGAAUUAUUUCCCUGAAGAAGUAUGGAAAGAGUGCAGUGAAAAGCCCUGCCAUAAAAUAUUUCAUUGACCAUAAUACAGAAGAUGAUAGGUAUUUCAUCAUUGAUGCUAACACUGGAACCAUUAAGACUGCCAAGAUCUUUGACAGAGAGGAAACGCCUUGGUACAACAUUACAGUUGCUGCUUCUGAGAUAGAUAACCCUGGCCUGCUAAGCCAUGUUCCAGUUGAUAUUAGAAUCCUGGAUGUCAACGACAACCCUCCAGAGCUUGCCAGAGAAUAUGAUGUAGUUGUCUGUGAGAAUGCAAAGCCCGGGCAGGUCAUUCAGACUAUCAGUGCCACUGACAAAGAUAACUCUGCAAAUGGGCCAAGAUUCCAUUAUUCUCUUGAUGAAGGCCUUUCUUUGAAUCCCAACUUUACCCUAAGGGACAAUGAAGAUAACACAGCCAGUAUCCUGACCAGACGGAGGAGAUUCAGUCGAACUACUCAAGAUGUCUACUACCUCCCGAUUUUGAUUUCUGAUAGUGGAAUCCCUUCUCUCAGCAGCAGCAGCACCCUUACGAUCAGGGUCUGUGCAUGUGAGAGAGAUGGGCGCGUUCGGACCUGCCAUGCCGAAGCUUUCCUUUCCUCAGCCGGUUUGAGCACAGGAGCCUUAAUUGCAAUUCUGCUCUGUGUCAUCAUUCUUCUGGCAAUUGUGGUCCUUUUCAUUACAUUAAGACGCAGCAAAAAGGAGCCCCUGAUCAUUUCCGAGGAGGAUGUUCGGGAAAACGUUGUCACGUAUGAUGACGAGGGUGGUGGAGAGGAGGACACUGAAGCGUUUGACAUCACAGCCCUGCGGAACCCAUCAGCUGCUGAGGAGCUGAAGUAUCGGAGGGAUGUGCGUCCUGACGUGAAGCACGCACCUAGGCACCAGCCUUCUUCAAGCCUGAACAGUAUAGAUGUUCAUGAAUUUAUUAAACAAAGAUUGGCAGAGGCAGAUCUCGAUCCCAGUGUGCCUCCCUAUGACUCCAUACAAACAUAUGCGUAUGAGGGUCAUAGAUCAGAAGCCGGAUCUAUCAGCUCUCUAGAUUCAGUCACUACACACUCUGACCAGGAUUAUAAUUACCUUGGUGACUGGGGACCAGAGUUUAAGAAGUUAGCUGAACUCUAUGGAGAAAUAGAAUCAGAAAGAACAACUUAGUUACAAUUCCUGGAAGAAGAAGUGUUUUAGUUCCCAAACAGGAGAGAGAGAGAACCACAGCAGCGGUAACAAGAAAUGAAUACAGUACUUGGAACUGAGCAAGGUGUACACAGUUACUGUAGAAACAAGUGCCCUUUUCAUAUUUGAAACUGGGUUCUUCAA